UAGAGCACCUGUGCCAUGUUCACCUCCAUCAACAGUUCCAGCCCUCAGGUUUCCCAGUUCAUCCUGAUGGGUCUCCCAGGCAUUCACAAUUGGCAGCACUGGCUCGCCCUGCCCCUGGCUCUACUCUACCUCUUAGCUCUUGGUGCCAAUCUCCUCAUCAUGAUCACCAUCCAACAUGAGCCCAUACUACAUGAGCCCAUGUAUCAUUUUCUGGAAAUAUUGGCAGUGGUAGAUAUUGGUCUGGCCACCACUAUCAUGCCCAAGAUUCUGGCCAUCUUCUGGUUUGACUCCAAGGCCAUCAGCCUCCCUGAGUGUUUUGCUCAAAUCUAUGCCAUCCACUACUUCUUGUGCAUGGAAUCUGGCAUCUUCCUCUGCAUGGCAGUGGACAGAUAUGUAGCCAUCUGUCACCCCCUUCGAUACCCCUCUAUAGUUACUGAAGCUUUUGUGGUCAAAGUCACAGGAUUCAUGGUGCUCAGGAAUGGCCUGUUGACCAUCCCAGUGCCUGUCCUAGCUGCUCAGCAACACUACUGCUCCAGGAAUGAGAUUGAGCACUGCCUCUGCUCUAACUUGGGAGUUAUCAGCCUAGCUUGUGAUGACAUCACUGUGAACAAAUUUUAUCAACUGGUCUUAGCAUGGAUCCUGGUUGGGAGUGAUAUGGCUCUGGUGUUUUCUUCCUAUGCUCUAAUCCUCCGCUCUGUGCUGAGGCUGAACUCAGCAGAAGGAAUGUCCAAAGCUCUGAACACCUGCAGCUCCCACCUCAUCCUAAUCCUCUUCUUCUACUCAAUUAUCAUUGUGCUGUCUGUCACACAUCUAGCAGAGAAAAAGUUUCCCCUCAUCCCCGUACUCCUUAACGUGCUGCACAAUGUCAUCCCUCCUGCACUCAACCCCAUGGUCUAUGCACUCAGGAUGCAGGAGCUCAGGCUGGGCUUCCAGAGGCUACUUAGGCUGGGUGAAGAUGGGUCCACCAAGUAACUCCAGCUGUAGGAAACCAUGAAGACCUGAAUGAAACACAGAGGUUUAUUUCUCAACACUGCUGUGUUGUGAUUCUGCCUUCACCUCUAACUAGGAAUAAAAUGACCAGUGAAAUUGUGAAACUGUAAAUCUCACUAAUCAAAAUAUGCAUAUUAAAAUUACAAUGAAAUUUCCUAUUACCUAGAAAAUAAGUGACUAGGUAAGAGCAGAAAAACAAAGUGUCCCUGACUGCUGA